UAAGAAUGAUUGCUAAAUGUAAACAUGGAAAGACAAUAUCCCCUGACUGGAACAUGUUCUAGUUAUGGCAUGUUUGCAGAAAAGAGAGCAAGGGAAAGAGUAAGAGAAGACUGCAAAAUGUUAACAGGAAUAUGAAUGAGGUGGUGGGAGAGCAGCUGGCUUGCUACCUGCUGCAUUCUGAUUGGCAGAAGAACCAUACUCUCUCUGGAGGGCAUCUCAGAGGCUUUGUCUGCAUUAACAAGGGCUCAGGUAAUCCAAAUUAAAUUACACAGACUCUCUUCCCAUCACUGCCACCGCUUGCAGCAGCUAUGUGCUACUCAUAUGAGGAUAGCAAAUCUAUAAGCAUCUUCUCAAGUGCAAUAAAAGGCUCCUAUAGGGGCAGCCAAAUAUUACAAUUUAUUUUCCUUCCAACUUCAGGACAGGAGAAAAGCACAAGGAUCUAUGCAGUUAAGCUCUUAUUCUGGUUUCAUUAAGAAGGAACUAGCCUCUUCACUUACUUAUCCUGUGUAGCACCAUAACACAAACUUAUUUCAGUGGUUAUUAUUUAUGUCUUUUAUUCAAGAGCUCAAGGCAAAGUACAUAAAGCUCCUUCCUCCAGUUUUUCCCCACAAAAGUGACUGGAGUUUGAAAGGGAAAUCUCUGCAUUAGAGAGGAGUUUUGAGCUGCUCUGAAUUGUCCAUGCUUUCAGAGGACUCUUAGUUUCCUAGCUUAAUGGCUUUUUUUUCUGAGAAAAAAAAAUCUUGAAAAAUUGCAAAUGGGAGGCACACGUGCUUGGACUUAUGAAUGAUAAAAGCCACUGCUGGAAACAUUGUUAUCAUUUGCAUUCUUCUUCCACAUGAGAAUUAAUUUCUACUUCUGAACUUUAACAUUCAGAUCAGAAUCUACCUGUGGAAGUUCCUCUUAUUUAUCAGAAACCACAAAGAAUGGGGAUCAUCUAAACCUUCAAACCCAAUCCUUAUUCAAGCAAAUGAAAUAACUGCAAUAUGUGCAGUGGAUAAAUUAUGUUUAAUAUUCUGAAUUCUAGAAAAAAAUAUGCUGUGGGGUGCGCCUAUGUGCACAAACCUCAUCAGGGAGCAGUGGAAAAAACAACUUUCAUGUUAAGAAGAGGAAGAAAGUCAUUCCAACACUUGACGGAGAAAAAAAAGACCAUAAUAAGGUAUCAAAAUACAUAAUCUAAUCAACAAUAUUAACUGCAGAAGUGAUGGAUGACAGCAAGUCUGAAAAGAUGGUAGAUAUUAUUCGACUUAAUGUUGGAGGCUUUAUGUACACAGCUAGAUGUGAAUCUUUAUGCCGUUUUAAGGAUUCAAUGUUAGCAGCUAUGUUCAGUGGAAGGUUUCCUUUAAAAAUGGAUAAUUCAGGAGCAUGCUUUAUUGAUCGUGAUGGCAAUCUUUUUAAAUAUCUCUUAAAUUAUCUUCAUGGAGAAGUUUGGAUUCCUGAAAAUGAAGAAACACGAAUUGCAUUACAAGAAGAAGCUGAUUACUUUGGCAUUCCUUACCCUUACAGUCUUGUUGACCAUCUAGCUAAUGAAAUGGAGACAUAUUGUUUAAAAACAAAUGUAGAACUUAAGAAGGCACUCGUAGGUUUUUGUGACUCUUAUGGCUUAAUAUGCACUAAACCAACAGUUUGGGUCUUGCAUUACCUCAAUACUUCUGGUGCCAGCUGUGAGAGUAGAGUAAUUGGAAUAUAUGCCACAAAAGCUGAUGGAACAACUGCAAUUGAAAAGGAACUAGGAGGACGAAUAAAUAGUAAAAAUAUCUACAAAAGAGAGGCUGGAAACAACAUCCAGUACAUUUGGAGUUACUAUUCAGUAACAGAAUUGAAGAAGAUAAUGGAUGCAUUUGAGGCUUGGGAAGGAAGAGGUGCCAGCUACUGGCGAGUACCACAGGAGCUGAUAGAGUGUUGGACUCUUGAGGAGCAUUCUUUGAAAGGAAGCCUUCAGAAUAUGUCUCCAGUACGUAAACGACGAAUAAUUGAUUCUCCUGGUGAGGAAGAAAGACAACUGAAUAGCAGAACAGCUCGAAAGCCAGUUCAAUUCUCUGGCCCCUCUACAAGUACCUGUAUCAAAGUUAAGAACUCGGCUUCUUUAAAGAUAGCAGCAUCUUCACAUCCCCAAACGGCUCUUAAGUGUCCUAGCAACAAUACUUCUUUAAUAAGCAAAAACAUUUCGAGAACUCUUUAUGCAAGGACUGUCCCAUUGACUAAAAAUUAUCAGGCCUCUCUUAGAAACCCUGACCAUGGGGGAGCUGGCCAAAUGAUCCCAAAGUCUCCCUCAUCUAGAAAGUUUGCAACCGGUCGGGUGAUAAAACUGAAGCGGACUCCACUCUGUAAUGAUUCAGUUGUGAAGAAAGUUAAACAGCAAUUUCCAUCUACUGCAAUUGCCGCUACUUCUACAGGUCACUCAGACUGUGAGCAUUCGGCCCUUUCCCUGAGGUGCAGUACUAACAGAAAUGGUCUCCAGACUAGCUAGCUGAGUGGUAUGUGUAAGACUGAUCUCUUUAAGAUCGUUAUUUUUUAACAACAAAACCUUUUACCUCUUGAGAGGUAAAACAAUCCCAGGUUCCACAGAAAUAUUCUAAUAAAAUCCUCUAAGAUGGUG